GAAAGAAAGAAAAAGAAUAGGGGGAAAAGGGUAGUGGGAGAAGACGAGGAGACUUGAACUUGACUUGGUUUCUUAAAACCGAAGGGGCAGUUUUCUUGCUUCUUUUCGAACAAUCAUCCUCUGUUCUUUUAAAUAUUCUCCUUGAUUUAGCCCCUUUUUGGUACAGAUAAAGUAAUAGGAAAAGGAUUUUUCACUCUCUGAUAAUUGUCGACACUGAGUCACUGCUACUGUUUCCACGAUCACUUCCUUUGGCAGUGAUGAUGGAAGGAAGUUAUUUGGGGAAGGAAAAAGAAGAUGAUCAGCGUCGGGAUGACUUUACACAGACGAUCUUUUCAUGGUCUCUUGAUGAUAUUCUCAACGAGGAUCUCUACAAAUACCAGGUGGAGAAAAUACCACUUACUUUUAGCUCAAAGGAACAAUAUUUUGGUUCAUUUAUUUAUCCUUUGCUAGAGGAAACACGUGCUGAUUUGGCUUCUUCAAUGGAGAUCAUGUAUAGAGCUCCAUUUGCUGAAGUUUUUUCUUUCAGUGAGGUGAAACACAAAGGUAAAAAAGAAGUGGUGUAUGAUGUAACUGUUGAUACUUGGAAAAACAGAUUCAGUGAACGUGGAAAAGAGCCUUAUAGGACAUUACCUGGUGAUCUACUCAUUUUAGCUGAAUGGAAACCCGAAUUUGGCUCUGAUUUGCAUCAAACUGGAAGAACAUGGGCUUUUGCAUUGGUUAAAACCAUAGAAGAUGAUGAAGAUAGUAACACUUCUGUACGUUUUAAAGUUAAAACAUUACAUCAAAUUGAAUGCCAAGAUGGUUUGUAUGUUGUUUUCUUGAUGAACAUAACCACCAACAAAAGAAUCUGGAAUUCAUUGCACAUGAAUCGGAAUUCGAAUAUCAUUAAAGAGAUUCUUUACUCGGAUAAUAUGGUGAAGGAGAACUGUGAUAGUUGUUCUUCUGGUUUAAUUCUUUUUGAAACUUUGGAUUUAAGUCUUGUGUCAAAGCUGAAUGAAUCUCAACAAGAGGCAAUUAUGGCUUCAAUUGGUAAAAUUGGAUGUUCUCAUAAUUCAUCUGUGGAACAAAUAUGGGGCCCACCUGGAACAGGGAAGACAAUGACAGUAAGUGUGAUGCUCUCUAUCUUUUUGCAAAUGAAGUGUAGGACACUUACAUGUGCUCCAACUAAUGUGGCUGUUGUUCAAGUGGCUUCACGUGUGUUAAGUUUGGUGAAGGAAUCGUUUAAAACUAGAAUUGCAAAUGGUGAUUGUUUUUAUUCUAUUGGAGAUUUGCUGUUGUUUGGGAACAAGGAGAGGUUGAAAGUUGGGAAUGAGAUUGAAGAAAUCUAUCUUGAGAAUCGGAUUAAGAGGCUUACAGAGUGUCUUGGAUCUUUGACUGGUUGGAAGCAUUGCUUAAGAACCAUGAUUGAUUUGCUUGAAGAUUGUGUUUCUCAGUAUUGUGUUUAUGUAGAUAAUGAAAAGUUUAAAGAAGAACAACUUAGAAAGGAAAAUGAAAAUGAAAAUGGAAGUGAAAUCAGCAAUGUUGAAGUCAAAUCAUUUGUUGAGUUUUUGCAAGAUCGAUUCAGUUCUUCUGUAUUUCCACUCAGAACUUGCAUCAUUACAUUUUGUACUCAUAUAUCAAGAAGUUUUUUGACAGAAGAAACUUUCCAAAACAUGGUUUUUCUUUUGAACAUUCUAUGUUCAUUGGAAUCAUUGUUGUUUCAAGAUAAUCUGGAUUCAGAUGAACUUGAGAACCUUUUCAGUUCUAAACCAAUGGAAGAUGAUUUUGAAAAGUUAUGGGAUAUUGAUAUCCAAUCUAUCAGAUCUAUGUCUAUUUCCAUUAUGAAAACUCUACAAAGAUCUCUUGAAAAACUCCGACUUCCUAACAUUCUGAACAAAUAUGCAAUGAUGGAUUUCUGCUUUCAAGGGGCUUCACUUAUAUUCUGCACAACUUCAAGUUCUUACAAAUUGCAUACUGUUGAAAUGAAGCCUUUGAACUUUUUAGUCAUUGAUGAAGCUGCUCAGUUGAAAGAGGCUGAAUCCACUAUUCCUCUUCAACUUCAUGGAAUUAAGCAUGCUGUUCUUAUUGGAGAUGAAUGCCAAUUACCUGCAAUGGUUACAAGUAAUGUUUCUGCUGAAUCUGGUUUUGGAAGGAGUUUAUUUGACAGAUUGAGUUCUUUGAGACAUUCAAAGCAUCUACUUAAUGUUCAAUACCGAAUGCAUCCUUCCAUUAGUCUCUUUCCAAACUUGACAUUCUAUCAGAAUCAAAUUCUUGAUGCUGAAAAUGUGACAUGUAAAAGUUAUGAAAAGAAAUAUCUUUCAGGACCAAUGUUUGGUCCAUAUUCAUUUAUAAAUGUUGUUGGUGGAAGAGAAGAAACAGAUGAUGAUGGAAGGAGUCGAAGAAAUUUGGUUGAAGUAGCUGUGGUGAUUAAGAUUGUACAAAGUCUAUACAAAGCAUGUUAUGAGUCCAAGAAGAAGCUAAGUAUUGGUGUGGUAUCUCCAUAUGCUGCACAAGUUGUUUCAAUCCAAGAAAAACUUGCUCAUAAGUAUGAGAAAGUUGAUGGAUUUUCAGUGAAGGUGAAAUCCAUUGAUGGAUUUCAAGGUGGAGAAGAAGAUAUAAUUAUUUUAUCUACAGUAAGAUCUAAUACACGUGGCUCUGUUGGCUUCAUAGAUAGUCCUCAAAGGACUAAUGUUGCCCUUACAAGAGCAAGACAUUGUCUUUGGAUAUUGGGCAAUGAGAGAACACUAGUCAACAGUGAAUCUGUAUGGGAAGAUAUAGUCAAAGAUGCAAGGAAUCGUGAGUGUUUGUUUGAUGCUGAUGCUGAUGAGUUGUUGAGAAUGACAAUAAUAUCUGCAAAGAAGGAGCUUGAGCAACUUGAUGAUCUUGUUAAUGGGAAAAGUGUACUUUUUAGACACGCAAAAUGGAAGGUUCUAUUCAGCGAUGGCUUCAGAAGAUCAUUUGCAAAGCUGAAACAUGCUCGAUUAAAGAAGGUGGUUUUAAAUCUCUUAUUGAAACUUUCUGGAGGAUGGAGGCCUAAGAACAGAAGUGUAGACUUGUGUUGUGAAAGAUCAUCUCAGAUUAUGAAACAGUUUAAGGUUGAAGGGUUGUAUGUUAUAUGCACUGUUGACAUUAUAAAGGAAGUCAAGUACAUACAAGUAUUAAAGAUUUGGGAUCUUUUACCUUUUGAUGAGAUUUCAAAACUCACAAAACGUCUUGAGAACAUAUUUGCUGCAUACACUGAUGAGUAUAUUAGUCAUUGCACAGCAAAAUCUUUGGAGGGGGAUUUGGAAGUUCCCAGAAUAUGGGCAGCUACCCCUGAGAUUAUCAGAUUUCGUAAUCUAAAUAGCUGUGAAGAUGAAAGUGAUUUGAGUACAAAUGGUGAUGGAAGAAGCUAUGUUGAGAACUCUAAAGUGAGUGAAAGUUUGUUGCUUAUGAAGUUCUACUCCUUAUCAUCUGGAGUGGUGAAUCAUUUGCUUUCUGGGAAAGAUAUUGAUCUACCAAUGCAAGUAACUGAUGAACAGAUGGACAUAAUCUUAUUUAGAAAAAGUUCAUUCAUAAUUGGGAGAUCAGGAACUGGAAAAACCACCAUUUUGACAAUGAAGUUAUACCAAAAUGAACAAUCUUUUCGCUUUGCUUCUAAAGGGUUUGAUGAAGCAGAAAGCAGUGGAGUUAAAGAUGUUGAAAGUGAUGAUGAUCAUGAAAAAGAAAACAAACCGAUUGUUUUGCGACAGCUUUUUGUGACAGUUAGUCCGAGAUUGUGUUAUGCAGUGAAACACCAUGUUUCCCACCUUACAAGUAUUUCAAGUGAUGGGAAUUCAUCUGGAGAGAUUAAUCUUGAUGAUGUUGAUGUGGCAGUAGACUCCAAUGUUCCAGAAACAUUUGUUGAAGUCCCUGAAAAAAGUUAUCCUCUUGUUAUGACAUUUGAGAAGUUUUUAAUGAUGUUGGAUAGCACAUUGGGAAAUUCUUUCUUUGAAAGAUUUCCUGAAGCAAGAGAAGGUUCUCAUGGAAACCAUAUAAGUUCAAGAUCCAUUGCAUUGCAAACUUUCAUAAGAUCAAGGAAUGUCACAUUCGACAAAUUUCAUCUACUUUAUUGGCCCCACUUCAAUUCGAAUCUAAAAAAGAAGCUUGAUGCCUCCAGAGUGUUCACUGAGAUAAUCUCUCAUAUAAAAGGAGGCUUGCAUGCAGGAGCUAGCUGUAAUGGCAAAUUGAGCUAUGAGGAUUAUUCUUUAUUGUCUGAAGUACGUGCAUCCACUUUAACAAAACAAAAGAGAGAGGAUAUUUACACCCUUUUUCAAGCCUAUGAAAAGAUGAAAACUGAACGUGGGGAAUUCGAUUGGGGAGAUUUAGUAAAUGACCUUCAUCAUCGACUUAAAAGCAGGCGUUAUGAAGGUGAUCAAAUGGAUUUUGUAUAUAUUGAUGAAGUUCAAGAUCUUAGCAUGAGGCAGAUUUCUCUUUUCAAAUACAUUUGCCAAAAUGUUGAAGAAGGAUUUAUUUUUGCUGGUGAUACUGCACAAACCAUUGCAAGAGGGAUCGAUUUCAGGUUUGAAGAUAUAAGAUCUCUGUUCUACACCGAGUUUUUAAGCUCUGGAAAACAAGAAAAAGGUCAAGUUUCAGAGAAGUUUCAGUUGAAACAAAACUUCAGAACUCAUGCAGGUGUUCUUGAAUUAGCUCAAAGUGUCAUUGAAAUUCUAUACCAUUAUUUUGCUCAUUCAAUUGACCUUUUGGAGCCUGAGACUAGUCUCAUUUCUGGAGAAGCUCCUGUUUUGCUUGAAUCUGGAAAUGACGAAAAUGCCAUCGUGACAAUCUUUGGUGGGACCGGAUCUAGUGGAGAAAUUAUUGGUUUUGGAGCUGAACAAGUGAUAUUGGUUCGUGAUGAUUCUGCAAAGACUGAGAUUUGUGAAUAUGUUGGAAAACAAGCUCUUGUGCUUACUAUAGUAGAAUGUAAGGGUCUUGAGUUUCAGGAUGUAUUGCUUUACAACUUUUUUGGGACAUCACCUUUGAAAGACAGGUGGAGAGUUAUAUAUGGAUACAUGAAUGAUCAAGAUUUGCUUGACGGGAAACUUUUUCCCUCUUUUCCAACCUUCAAGGAGUCGAAACAUAAUGUAUUAUGUUCCGAAUUAAAACAACUGUAUGUUGCUAUAACUCGAACAAGACAAAGGCUUUGGAUAUGUGAGAACAAAGAAGAGCUCUCAAAGCCAAUGUUUCACUACUGGAAGAGAAAGGGCCUUGUUCAAGUUAGGAAGUUGGAUGAUAGUGUAGCACAGGCUAUGAGGGUAGCAAGCAGCCCUCAAGAGUGGCGGGAGCGGGGUAAAAAGCUUUACUACGAGAACAACUUUGUAAUGGCAACAAUGUGCUUUGAAAGAGCUGGUGAUACAAUUUGGGAGAAAUUGGCUAAAGCUUCUGGACUUAGAGCAAUGGCUGAUCAGAUGCAAGGAACAAACCCUGGAUCUUAUUUUGAUCAUCUUAGAGAAGCAGCAGAAAUGUUUGAGUCUAUUGGAAAACUUGAGUCUGCAGCUUCUUGUUAUUGUGAUUUGAGGGAGUAUGAAAGAGCUGGGAAGAUUUAUUUGGAGAAGUGUGGAAAGAUUAAUGAAGCAGCAGAGUGUUUCUUACUAGCAGGGUGCUAUAGUGAUGCAGCUGAAGCUUACUCAAAGGGAGAUCAGUUUGCUAAUUGUCUAUCUGCUUGUAAAAAGGGGGAGCUUUUUGAUAAAGGCAUGCAGUAUAUAGAAUACUGGAAAGAGCAUGUGAUUGUUAGAAGCAAAGAAAUUGAAAAGAUCGAACAAGAGUUUUUGGAGAGUUGUGCUCUUGAUUACCAUGAGCGUAAAGAUUCUAAAUCCAUGAUGAAAUUUGUUAGAUGCUUCUGUUCUAUGGAAUCAAAACGUGUAUUCUUGAAGUCGAAAGGCUGCUUUGAUGAACUUUUGUUGUUGGAAGAAGAAUCUGGUUGUUUUCUUGAAGCUGCAGAACUUGUUAGGUCAUGGGGUGAUGUUUUAAAAGAAGCUGAUUUGUUAGGGAAAGCUGGAAGCUUUAAGGAUGCAGCAUCACUUAUCAUCUGGUAUGUGUUUUUCAAUUCAUUAUGGGGAAAUGGAAGCUCAGGUUGGCCAUUGAAGAAGUUUGCUCAAAAGGAAGAGCUUUGUGAGAGAGCAAAGUCACUUGCAAAAAGUGAUUCAGACAUUUUCUAUGGUUUUGUAUGUAGGGAGCUUAAACUACUCUCUGAUCAACAAAGUAACUUGUCAGAGCUAAAGAGAAACUUACAAUCUUCCCAACAAAACAAUUGUUUGAGAGGUGAAAUCUUGUGUAAUAGGAAAAUCUUGGAAGCCCAUCUUUGUUUGAAUUCUUCAAAGUAUGAUUGGGAGGAUGAAUUACCUGUUGAUAUUAACAAGCAUUGUGACGAAAAGAUCUUGCAAAACCAAGUCUCUGUAAGAACUUUGGUUUUUUGUUGGGAUCUAUGGAAAGAGAAUAUCAUGGAUAUCUUUGAAACUCUUGAAAGUUUUGAAAAUGCAGAAGCUGAUGAAAACAAUGAGCAUGUUGAUUUUGUUUUGAAUUAUUUUGGAGUUAGAAAACAGAGUGUAAAAGGAAACACACUUUACUUGUUAGUCAACAAAGAUGCAAGUUGGGUGAGAAACUCUGGGAACAAAGGUGUUUUUAAAGAUGGGAAACGUGUAAAUAUUGGUAGCAAACAGUUGGUUGUUGCUAUUCAGUCUUAUUGGCAAGUUGAAUUGCUUUCUGUGGGCAUAAAAGUCCUCCAAACUCUUGAAGCUCUUUAUAAGUUGAAGACAAAUGGCUCUUCAUUUCAUCAAAGCUCAUGUCUUCUUAACAUUUUUAAGGUUUCCAAGUUUCUUUUAGACUCUUCGUAUCUCAAACUCACGCAUCAUCAUACAAAGACACUCGAACAAUUUCUUCGAAUCUCCACGUCUUACUUUGACAUUGUGUUUCCAUUAGACUGGAGAAAAUCAAUCUCUAGAGAAUUGAUUUCUCUACGUGAAACCUAUCUUUCCCUCAAUUUGCUUGAAGAUAUCAUUCUUCAAAAUCUACACAGAAAGAGUGAGCUCUCUUAUUCAACAAUUGGGAUUAUGAUGAUGAUAUGUUUUGGUUCCCGAAAACCUGUUACACUUUACAAAAAGAUCAUCACUGGGCUUCAGUGGAAUCCCACAUGGAAGUCAUUUGUUCAAGAAUUUCUCUCCAACAAUCCGGUUGUUUCCGGAAGCUAUUCACGUUUUAUCUUGAAUGAUGCAUAUUUUGCUCCACAACUUCAGGAUGCUUUGGAAGAUGUUUAUAGAGCAAACUGGAGAUCUCAUGGAUACAUAUCACCUCAUAGUUUUGUGUAUCUCUUGGAUUAUCUUCUUUUCAUGACAUCUUUUUCUCAAGGAAUGUUUUUCACUACAAGAUCUUCUUUUCUUGCAUGGCUUCCAACUCUUGGAUCUACUUCCACUCAAAGUAUAACUCUUUCAGCAUCUCAACAGAUGUUUCCACAGCAAACUGUUGUCUUUUUUGUUGGAACAAUCCAAGACAUUCUUUACAAUAAAGUGGACACUGGAGCAUGGAUCCGAAGUUGUGAUGUUAAUCCUGCUUAUUAUCAUCCACUUUUGGUGUUGAAGCUUGUCAUGAUGCUGUGUUUAAUCUGUCUGAAAGUAUCAGAUUGCUCUGAGGUGCUACUUAAUUUGCUAUUGGGAAGAAACAAUAUUGCUUAUUUGCUUCCACAGAAGUUUGUGUCUAUAAUUCUUCGAAGAAGAAAAGGGCGUUACUUGAACUUGAAUCCAGAUGUUGUUGCAGAAGCAUUUAUAAGCAUCAAUGAUCCUUUAUUGGCAGUUGUUAGUGCAGAAGAUGUAAGCCGAAAAAUCCAUGUUCCUUUUGCUAUAUUUGUGGAUCUUAGGACAUCAAAGGAAGAGAUAAUGAAUGUAUUAUUCCCAAGGAAAAGUAUACAAAUUAGUCAACCUUCUUCAAAGAAUGUUGGUGUUGGGACAAUUCUUGAAGAAAAAAAAUCUUCCAACAUGUUAACAACUGCUGCUAAACUGAAUUUGAAAUCUUUGAAUUGGAAAAAUCUUGAAGAAAUAUCUGAAUCUUUGAAGCAGAAGAAGGGAGAGGUGUUGAACUUUUCAUCUGUUGUGAUAAAGAAAGAAUUGGACAAAGAUAUACACACAUUGGCUACUGUUCUUGAAGAUGCAAAGUCCAAUGCUGGAGAAGAUACAAUAGGCAAAGUAACUGGUGCACUUGGUGAACUGAAAGUGCUUUCUUGUGCAUUUGAUACAAGUGAACAUAAAGAGAAGCAUGGUGUUUUCACUAAUGAGGCAAUGAAGACUUUGCAAUUGGUUGUGGAGCAUCUACAAGGUAAUAGGCCAUUGAUAGAUGAUUUCUUGAACAAAACUCAAGACUCGAAGGUUGUGCAAAAGGUAGUUUCAGAAAGCAGCAACACAAGUGAGGUGCAUCAGGAGGAGGAUGAUGCUACUGAUUCACAGGUGGACAUGGUGGAAGAAGAACAAAGCAAUGAUGGUAAUACUCAGGAUUCAAAAACCAAGAAAGGGAAGGGAAAGAAGAAGGCGAAGAAUAGCAAUGUUGAUUCAAUGGUGGAUUCGGUUGUAGAAAAACAAAGCACUAGUGGUAACAAUCAGGAUCCAAAAAACAAGAAAGGGAAGGGAAAUAACAAGGGGAAGAACAAGGGUAAAAAGGGCAAAGGCAAGAAUAAAUAACAUGUUUAGUUGGAUGGAUGUGUUAUCUAGCUACUGUAGUGUUUUGGUUCUAAAACUUUUUGUUUUUUUGGUGUUACUGAAAAGAAGCCUUGAUUCCUAAUCUUUUAAAUAGGAAAGAUGCAUAUAUGAAAUGAAAGUGUUUGUCUACCUCUUAAGGAA